AUGAGCGAUCAAGAGCUUUUAGUAGGCGGGAAAAGUUAUACGGAUCCAAAGCCGGAAGCACGUGGAAUUCAGUGUUGGGAAUAUGUAUUCUUGAAGGUGUCUCCUAUGCGUGGUGUGUUGCGGUUCGGCAAGAAGGGCAAAUUGGCACCUCGUUAUGUGGGACCCUUUGAGAUUAUUAAGCGGUGGAGAUGUGGCAUACAAACUAGACUUGCCACCGAACUUCUCGCGACGUGCAUCCCGGUAUUCCACAUAUCGAUGUUAAGAAAGUAUAUUUCAGACCCUUCGCAUGUGUUACAACCACAAAAUAUGGAAGUUGGUGAAGAUUUGACUUACGAGGAGCAAAUGAUUGUGGAUACUGCGCUCAAAAAUUAUUCCGAUGGUCAAAGUUUUGUGGCGGAAUCAUUUGUCUGA